UAUUCUAGAACGUUUUACCGCGAUCGUUUGUGCGUAUUCGCUGUCAGAAACUGUCAGAUGCGAGAGAUAUUUCUUAUUCUCGAUUAUUUUGCAAAGUGUCAUAACAAAGUCAUCGACACAUACAUAUUUCAUUUAAAAAAAUGGACUGCAUCAAGUUGUUGGAGAGUUUGGAUAUCCAGGGUCAUGCUGGCAUUUGUGUUGGAACUGAGCAUUCGCAAUUGCUGCAAAAUUCGUUGACGAUACUUCAAAAAGAGAAUCAUUUCCGAAAAUGUUACUAUUGGGGCCAAAUCUACGGCAUUCGGAACGAUUAUCAUAUCGCUUAUGGGUUUAAAAACGACUGCAUGGACGGACAAAUGUAUUAUUAUAGCAUCGACGGUUUCGAUUGGUUUCUUCUACCUAACGCGGACAAAUGCGCCCAAUUUCUAACUCCCCUUGCAAUUAAUAAAUUCGAGGGUGAUCCGUCUAUAGUUACGAACGUUUACAACGUAAAUCCCCCGUUCCCGCCAAACGAGGAUCCGAAGAAGUAUUACGAAGGCUCUAUUCCGAAAGAAUUAAAAGAAGAAGACAGGCUCGCAGCUACGGUGUAUUUCAUUCGAGAAGACGCCGCGGUGAUUCCACGUGGGGCAUGGUUCAAAUGUGCGAACGGCGACGUAAUUGAAAACCCAAGUUUCGAAGGACUCGACCCUGUAGACUGCGCCUACUUGAAGUCCUAUCUGCACGCGCGUCCUCCGCAACAAAAAUGGAACACCAAUUUGUUGACCAGGCCUGAUUACAACUACGCAGUUGAUUUUUUGGACACCAUCGAUCUGGACGUUCCGCAAGAAUGCUGGAGCCUACAAAUACUGCACGAAAAGAACAUGGUAUUAUUGCAUAGCCUGUAUUGGCCCGGCAUGGUUUUCUAUCAUAAAAUGAGCAGCCCGCAUUACGGGUUCCUCUAUUUCGGUCACGGGAAAAAGAAUAUGGACGUGGUGUUUAUGGUUCGAGGAUAA